AUGGAUAAUUUUAAUUUUGUUUUCAAUUAGUAAAAUAUCCAGAUAGGUUUUAACUAAAAUACAAAUGUAACAACUCUCCAAAAUAUAAAUAUUGUGAGCUAGACAAUUUUAGGAAACACUUCAUUAGUAUUUGAAAAUAAAUAAACCGUAAUUAUUCAAAACCUAAAAAUAUAAAAUGUUAAUUUUACAGGUUAUAAAGAUAAUUUAACUUAAGAUCAAAUAAAUCCAGCUUUUAUCUUAAUAAGAAACUGUAAUUAUGUUCUCAUAUAAAAUUUGACUUUAGAUAAAUGCUAUUUAAUGAGUAAUUAUUCAUUAUUUAUGUAAGUGCUAAAUAGUAGCAUGGUUAUAAUUUAAAAUUUAAGUAUAUUCAAUAGCUAAAUAGAUGGUAAUUUGUUAUUACUAUAGUAAAACCAAAAUGUAACUUUUUAAUCUACUAAAAUUGAAAAAUGUACAAAAUCAGUUCAAAGUUAAAAUUAAAUAAAUUUAGAAACUAUUGCUUAAAGCACAUAAAAUGCUUAAACAAAUUUCUAUUUAUUUAAUUUUAUGGGAAUUACGAAUUUGCUAAUUUAGGAUUAUAUAGCUCAAGAUAACAUAGAAUUACUAUAAUAUUAAUAUUAAAAAUUUGACUCUUAUCAAUAAUAUUUUUCCUAUUUCUUUUAAUGA